GGGGGCGGGCCGCAGCGCCGCGGGGUGUCAGCGGUGGCCUGUGAUGGCGGCGGCGGGGCGCCGGCAGCCGUGCCGGGGGGGCUGUGCCGCUCCUAACUCGGCGUCGGGCCCCUGCGCCAUGGGGAGGAGCCGCGGCGGGCGGCUGGCCUGAGGCGGCGGCGGCGACAGCGACAGCGGAGGGCGCGGCACUGCCGAGGGGGCCCCGCCGCGGGGGCCGCGACCCGCGCCCCCCGGGGAUGUUGCGGUGGGUCCGGCAGCAGCUGGGUUUUGACCCACCGCAUCAAAGCGAUACAAGAACUAUUUAUAUAGCAAAUCGUUUUCCCCAGCAUGGCCAUUAUGUUCCUCAGAAGUUUGCAGACAACAGAAUCAUAUCAUCCAAGUAUACAGUGUGGAAUUUUGUUCCAAAAAACUUAUUUGAGCAGUUCAGAAGAGUAGCCAACUUCUAUUUUCUGAUUAUAUUUUUGGUUCAGCUCAUGAUAGAUACCCCUACCAGUCCUAUUACUAGUGGAUUGCCAUUAUUCUUUGUCAUAACUGUGACAGCCAUAAAACAGGGUUAUGAAGACUGGCUACGACAUAAAGCAGACAAUGAAGUAAAUGGUGCUCCAGUUUAUGUUGUUCGAAGUGGUGGCCUUGUAAAAACUAGAUCUAAAAACAUUCGGGUGGGGGACAUUGUCAGAGUAGCCAAAGAUGAGACUUUUCCAGUUGAUCUGGUGCUUCUGUCAUCUGAUCGAGCUGACGGUUCAUGCCAUGUUACUACCGCAAGUUUGGAUGGAGAGACCAAUCUUAAGACUCAUGUUGCAGUCCCAGAAACAGCAGUGUUACAGUCUGUUGCCAACCUGGACAAACUUGUAGCUGUUAUAGAAUGUCAGCAGCCAGAAGCAGAUCUGUACAGAUUUGUUGGAAGAAUAACUAUAAGUCAACAAACCGAAGAAAUCGUACGACCUCUCGGGCCUGAAAGUCUCCUACUUCGUGGAGCAAGAUUAAAAAACACUAAAGAAAUAUUUGGUGUUGCAGUGUAUACAGGUAUGGAGACAAAGAUGGCAUUAAAUUACAAGAGUAAAUCUCAGAAACGGUCAGCAGUAGAAAAGUCCAUGAAUUCAUUUUUGAUUAUUUAUCUAAUAAUCCUCCUCUUUGAAGCCAUUCUGAGCACUAUUUUAAAGUAUGCAUGGCAAGCUGAAGAAAAAUGGGAUGAGCCUUGGUAUAAUGGAAAAACAGAACAUGAAAGAAACAGCAGUAAGAUUCUGAGAUUUAUUUCAGAUUUUCUUGCUUUUCUGGUACUUUACAAUUUUAUCAUACCUAUUUCACUUUAUGUGACUGUUGAGAUGCAGAAAUUUCUUGGAUCUUUUUUCAUCGGCUGGGAUCUUGACCUCUAUCAUGAAGAAACGAACCAGAGAGCACAAGUAAAUACUUCAGACCUCAAUGAGGAACUGGGACAGGUAGAGUAUGUGUUUACAGACAAAACUGGUACAUUAACUGAAAAUGAGAUGCAGUUUCGCGAGUGCUCCAUUAAUGGCAUAAAGUACCAAGAGGUCAAUGGGAAACUAACUCCAGAGGGGUUUUCUGAAGAUUCUCCAGAUGGAAAUAGACAUAGUUUGAUGAAAGAGGAAGAACUCUUCUUGAAAGCAGUUUGUCUUUGUCAUACAGUGCAGAUCAAUGCAGAUCAAACAGAUGGUGCUGAUGGUCCCUGGCAUGCCAAUGGAAUAGCAGCCCCAUUGGAGUAUUAUGCUUCUUCACCGGAUGAGAAAGCUUUAGUUGAAGCUGCAAGCCGAGUUGGAGUGGUAUUUACUGGAACUAGUGGGGACAGUAUGGAAGUAAAAAGUCUCGGAAAACCAGAAAGGUAUAAAUUGCUUCAUGUUUUGGAGUUUGAUCCAAAUCGCAGACGAAUGAGCGUCAUUGUAGAGAGUCCCUCAGGGGAAAAGCUUUUAUUCACAAAGGGAGCAGAAUCUUCCAUUCUUCCUCGUAGUAAGAGUGGAGAAAUAGACAAAACAAGGAUACAUGUGGAUGAAUUUGCUUUGAAAGGACUAAGAACUUUGUGCGUAGCGUACAGAAGGUUCACACCUGAGGAUUAUCAAGAAAUUGGCAAACGCCUUCAUGAGGCCAGGACUGCCUUACAACAACGGGAAGAAAGAUUAGCGGAUGUGUUCAACUUCAUAGAAAGGGAUCUGGAAUUACUUGGGGCUACAGGAGUAGAAGACAAACUGCAGGAAAAAGUCCAAGAAACUAUAGAAGCACUCAGGUUGGCUGGUAUCAAAGUGUGGGUACUCACUGGAGAUAAGCACGAAACAGCUGUUAGUGUCAGUUUAUCAUGUGGACACUUCCAUAGAACCAUGAACAUCCUUGAGCUUGUACAACACAAGUCAGACAGCACAUGCGCAGAACAACUGAGGCAGCUAGCCAAGAGAAUAAAGGAAGACCAUGUUAUCCAGCAUGGACUGGUUGUGGAUGGGACCAGCCUCUCUCUUGCACUCAGGGAACAUGAAAAACUGUUCAUGGAAGUUUGCAAAAGCUGCUCUGCAGUGUUGUGCUGUCGCAUGGCACCCCUUCAGAAAGCAAAGGUAGUGCGACUGUUAAAAACAUCUCCAGAGAAACCUAUAACAUUAGCGAUCGGUGAUGGUGCUAAUGAUGUGAGCAUGAUACAAGAAGCACAUGUUGGCAUAGGAAUCAUGGGCAAGGAAGGAAGACAAGCUGUUAGAAACAGUGACUAUGCAAUAGCACGGUUUAAAUUCCUCUCCAAGUUGCUUUUUGUUCAUGGGCAUUUUUACUAUAUUAGAAUAGCAACCCUUGUACAGUACUUUUUUUAUAAGAAUGUGUGCUUUAUUACACCACAAUUUUUAUAUCAGUUCUUCUGUUUGUUUUCACAACAAACGCUCUAUGACAGUGUAUACCUGACUUUGUACAAUAUUUGUUUCACUUCCUUGCCCGUCCUUGUGUACAGUCUUUUUGAACAGCAUGUGCAUCCGCAUGUAUUACAGAGUAAGCCUGUGCUCUAUCGAGACAUCAGUAAAAAUGCCCAUCUGGGGUUUAAACCAUUUCUUUACUGGACCGUCUUGGGCUUCUUUCAUGCAUUUGUUUUCUUUUAUGGCUCCUAUCUUCUAAUGGGAGAAGACACUUCUCUGCUGGGAAAUGGCCAGAUAUUGAAACCUAACAGGCAAAUGAUGUUUGGAAACUGGACAUUUGGUACUUUGGUCUUCACGGUCAUGGUUAUAACUGUUACAAUGAAGAUGGCACUAGAAACGCACUUCUGGACAUGGAUAAACCAUUUUGUUACUUGGGGAUCCAUUGUAUUUUAUUUCAUAUUCUCCUUGUUUUAUGGGGGAAUUAUCUGGCCAUUUUUGCAUACCCAGGACAUGUACUUUGUAUUUGUUCAACUGUUGUCAAGUGGUUCUGCUUGGUUUGCCAUAAUCCUCAUAGUAGUUGCUUGUUUGUUUAUUGAUGUUGUGAAGAAAGUGCUGUACAGACAUCUACAACCAACGAGUACUGAAAAAGCUCAGAUGUACUCCAACAGAGUUGCUUUAAGUGACGAGUUCAUCGCACUGCAGCCAUUGUCCAGGGCAAGGAAUCAGCUGAGCAAAAUUAGCUUACUGAGGCAGGUUCAGGUAUCAACUGCUUGGACUCCAUGUGCUGCUUCUCAGAUGGGGAAACAGCAUGCACAUCUGUUAGAAGAAUGCUGGAACGACUGAUGGGAAGAUGUAGCCCGACCCGGGUCAACAGUGUUUGUAAGGUUACCGAAGAAACAUGCAUUUAAACAAUUCAGGAAGAACUUAAGAGUCCAUCUGUCUGCCAAGGUAUAUUUUUCUAUUCGCAGUAAAUCUAAAUCAGUAAUUUCUCAUUUAGUAAGAACGUUGAAUUUGCGUAAGACCAGGUGUUUUUUUUGGUCUGACAAGUAUUUAGGAUGGAGGAAGUGACUGUGCUUUUGUACGGAUGUCACCAAUCUUUUGAAAUUCUUUGAAUAGAAGCAAAGAUUUUUUGUCAUUGUUGUUUCUUUGAUGGCUGAAGUGUAUGAAACCAUUGACUGUGCACUAUAGAGUUCUUCGUGAAGGAGACUGAACAAAACCCAGCUAAUUCAGUACAAAUCCAGCGUUUGUCUCUGAGUUAGAGUAUGAAUGGGUGAGGGAGAACGUUGCCAUAAAGAAAAGCUUUAGAAUUACCUCUUAACCUUGAAAUCUGUAACGUAGGGCAGAAAAACCCGUCGUAGGUGUUUGUGGUGAGCAGGAGGGGUGUGUGGUCACUUUACUAUGCAGGGUCUCUGAGGAAGCACCUUCUCCAGAGCCACCAAAGCGGGACUGAGUUCUCAGCAGAUUUUAGGCCUUAUUCUCUGAAAAAGAGUUUGCUUUUGUUACUUAGAAAAGCAUAGUUUUAGUUGCCAAACUUAAGCUAUUUAAAGGGUGCAGUGGAAAAGAUUAAGGGGGAAGAUGAUCUGAAUCGUUUCACAAAUUAAAAUGUAAAUAAUCUGCUUAAAAUAUUCUAUAUAUUUUUUUAAGGUUAUGGCGAGAGGGGGGACAAAAAAAAUGUGAAGAAAAGCAGGCUUUACAUUUUCAGAGUGAUUUCUUGUAUUCUAGUGCAAAAGCUGAUUUGAGAAAAGAUUAUGCAAUUUAGAAUGCAGAUUAGGCAACUAUAAUUUAUUUCUUACUGGAAACCUUUGGUGAUACUUUCCAACCUGUUUUUUAUGACAGUAUAACUUCUAUAUGGAAAAAAAAAAUAUAUCUUAUUUUCUAGUGUUAGAAAUGUCUCCAAGCUGAAGUCUAUACAUUAUUUUUAAUAGUUUUAUUGGAUACUUCUAAUUGGUGAAAUUCAGUCUGCGAAAGUGCUCAGUCAUAACGUGCUUGUGAACCGUUUGAGUCUCGUUGUUGGGUGUCCCACAGCCCGUCCCUCUGGCAGCCCCGUCAGUCGCUGCACUCGCCUCGCACACAGACAUCAUUGGUUUAGAGGAGUUACUCCUGGAGCUGGGAAAACGCUCAUUACGGAUUGAUUUUAGCCUUUUGCCUGUUCCUUUGUUAUUUCCCAGUUAGACCUUCUUUGCCGGUGUGUUUAUGUUCUGUGAAUGUUUUCUGGUGUUGGUUGUUCUGUAUGUUCUUUGCUUCCAGCAGCUUGUCUGGGUUCAGCUCUGCGGGAAGGACUCAGUUUAGAGCAGGAGGACGCAUCGGCUGCCUCGACUCUUGCCGUCAGUCAUCUCAGAAGCGCAUUCGCCUCAGUCUUUGCAAGGCUUCUGCUUCCCGUAGAUCUUUAUUUUCCUACAGUUAAAUGCUGCUGGUAGGGGCAGCAGAAAUAGAGACCCGAGCUGCUCUGGCGUUUGUUACAAGGAACCUUCUCCUCCCGUUGGAGUGUUCGCCGUGCCCUUGCUGUCGCCACGCCGUGAUGUUGAAUUGCAAUAGGUACAUACGAUUGUCGUCACUGUACAUACGGCUUUUUCUUGUUGUUGUUUCCAGUUUGUAUAAAUGCACAGACGUGAAUAAAACCAUGGGCUAAAGACGCGCUACGUGUAACGUGAAGUGGAAUGAAAUGAAUACGCUGCUGUUCAAAGUGGGACUUGUCUGAAAGAAACACCUCAAGGGCCUGUGGUGUGUAUUAAUAUUUCCUCAGCAGGUUUAAAGGAAAUUACUUCAUACAGCAGCAGGUUCUCAACCUUUUUACAUUUUGGCAUUGUGAUAAAAGAUAAUCCAUGGGGUACAUAGUUUAAAUAGGGGAAAACGGUUAAAAAUGAGAUUCACUUUCAGGUAGAAACGUCAUUGCAGCAAGUAAUAUAUUUUUACAAUGCCCAGUUAUAGUCCCAUGAGAGAUUUCGGGUCCUAUGCACACAGAGUGACAAAUGACCUAGAGGCCAUUGCUUUGCACUGAAAUGUGAUGAAGUUCUGCUUAUUUUUUGAAAGAAAAAGCUUGAAUUAAUUAAUCAUCUCUGCAAGAAGUAUAUUUUUAAAGAUAUUAUUUUAGGGGCAUUGACAACUGGAAACUGUAGCAAUAAUUAGUACAAAGAAUUUUGGACCUCUGACACUGUGGCUGCCUCAUGUUAAUUUCUGAUUCUGAUGGAGUCUGUGUGCUUGCUUGUUGUACAGCUUGGUCAGUAGAAGUUGUUUUAAAAAUGGUUUAUGGAAAUUAUAUUUAUUAAAUAAAACUUCCAUUUCUAGCUGA